AUGCGCCCUAAUCAAGCUGGUUUCAGACCAAGGCGCUAUUGUGCUGACCAGAUAUUCACGUUAAGAAGGGUGUUGGAACAUCGCUUCAGAUAUUUGCAACUCACAUGUUUCAUCGACUUUGCGGCUCCCUUUGAUUCAAUUGAUAGAGCGGUGCUUUGGAGGGUGAUGGAACGUGGCGGUGUUCCAGAGAAAAUCAUUAGACUCAUAAAGGCAUUUUAUGAGCGCACAUCGGCGCAGGUCUGUAUAUAUGGGGAGCUAACAGAUUCCUUCGAAAUAAGAACAGAUGUCUGUCAGGGUUGCACCCUUUCCCCCACAAUAUUCAACCAUGCGAUAGAUUGGAUAAUGGAUAUUGCUUGUCGGCACUCAAGAGGUGUCCGAAUUAGUCCAGAGCAUCACAGAUCUUGA